CUGUCACAUGAUCACAUUCGGAGAGAACCAGGAAAUCAUGGUUUGUUUAGAGUGAAGGAGGAGGAGUAGAUGUAUUAAUUUCGGUUUUCGACCAUGUCUGCGCCCAGAAACAGUUUGUUUUGGGUUUUAUUAGUACUUAAUAUUUACGCUGUUGUGCCGAGCGACGGAGUAAACCUCACCGUUUCAGAUUCAGCGGAUAAACUAAAACAAAUCCCGUCUUUGAGUCUUGCUCCUUCUCUUGUGGUUAACUCGCCUCUAUUUAAACCUGUGGUGGAUUCUGACUUCUCGAUAAAUCUGUUGUUUUUCCUCCCUGAAGACCUGGAGAUCAAUGCCUACUGCAGCGAGCUGCUUCGCAUAUUUGGACGGCGGUACGUCGACUCUGUGAACUGCUUGAUUCCUGCUGCUCGACCUGUUACAGUUUGCCAGAACUGUUUUUCCAGUUAUGGCAGUCUUAAGGACAUAUAUAUGAACAUCUCAUCCGACCAGGUGGGUCCUGGCAGUGUGAACUGCAGCGAAAGUCUUCUGCACAGUGAUCGGCUCAUGCUGGUUUAUCUGCUCUACAGCAACCUGGAGGACGUUUGGAGCAAAUCUAACUGUAACAACUGUAUCACCAAAGGAUUCCAGAGCCUGACAAAUGACACGCUGUACUUCAUGGCCACCCUCAACUUAACUCUCACCUGCUUUGAUAAGUAUAAACAGGGAAACCACACAGAGCUGUGCAAAAACUGUAAGAGCACAUACAGACGCCUGAGCGAGCUGUAUGGCAGAAUGGAGACGAAUCAGACUAUGUGUAUCGAUAUAGAGGAUUCGAUGAAUGCGACCCGCAGACUGUGGAGCAACACUUUCAAUUGUUCCGUCCCCCGUGAGGAGACGGUGCCUGUCAUCGCUGUGUCCAGUUUCAUGCUCUUUCUGCCCAUCAUCUUCUACUUGAGCAGCUUCCUUCACUCUGAACAAAAGAAACGCAAGCUCAUACACCCCAAGCGGGCAAAGUCAUACAGCAGCCCGAUGAACAUCCAGGACAAACAGAGCUGAAGAGGCGACAGGUGAUAACGUGGACGACACUGCUCGUUUAUUUAAAGUUACACCCUGGGAGAAGACUUGAUUCGUCGCUGUUUUGUGCCUGAGGUUUGACUCAGCUUUGUCUGCUCUUUUUCAAGAUGCUGUGACACCAAUCAGCAUUCAGAGGACUUCAAGAAACGUGAUGGAAGUGAAAGUGAAAUGCUUUUUUAAUACAUUUUAAAUAUUUACAUUCAUAUCCUUAAAUCCUCAAAAUGGAGUAAAGGGGGGGGGGGUGGAAUGAAUAAAACAGGAAAACCUGCAGAUUUUUAGCAAGACAAACAUUACAAAAAAUAUAGAAACACACAGAUUGCAUUUGAAUCAACUGCCAUAGUGUAAGACCAGCUUUGUUUGGUGACACCUGUUAAACAGGACUUGUGUUGGGGUCAAACUAUAUCUAACUUCCUAAACUACUAAUCUGAUGCUUUUUCAUGUUGCUGCACAUGUUGCUGUUCGUAAUCCUGAGGCAGAUCCUGGCCGCUCCUUCCUUUCAACUCGUUAACGAUCUUCACGUUGUUCGCUGUCACUAGAAAGAGUGAGUGCCUUGAAUGUAGUCUGCGUGCGUGUGUGUGUGUGUGUGUUCUAUUUAUGGCUUGAGAAAUGGGUUUUCUGUCUCUAAUGUAUGUCCCGAAAAGAGGUGCAAAAAGGAAGCACUUGAUGUCCAUUAGUGGUGACAUGUAUCUGCUGUAAGAAGAGGGGGUGCACAUCAGUUGGUUGGGUAGAGAGUAAAUAAAGACAUAACACACAUAAUGUAAAAGCACUCCAAAAGUACCACACUGUGAUGUUACCUGUUUACCAGUCAGUGUUUUUUUUUUUUUUUGUGGUUUCAUAAAGCUUUUAAUGCGCUUCCACGUCAUUUUCCACUGAUGUUUAACUUAAUUUGUUAAGGAUUUCUGACCGCUCAUGACGCCGAACUCUCCUGUACGAGUGUCGAGUUGAUUAAUUUGCCCAUUAGGAUUGCAUUUGCUGUGAACUUCUGUAAACCUUAAUUAUGAAAGCGUACGCACAAAUAAAUAUUUGCACAUUAGAAACAA